AUGUUCAAAUCGUCCGUAACAACACUAAGCAAAAUGUCAACAGAAUCUACAGCCCGCGCCUUCUUCUCAGCUCCUCAAUUCGCUGUCGUAGGAGCAUCCGCUGACCCCUCCAAAUUCGGCCAUAAAAUCUUCACCUGGUACACAACCCACUCUCUCCCUGUAACGCCCAUCAACCCCACCGCCCCCAGCAUAACCGCCAACUCCAAAGCCUACCCAACCGUCUCCUCGCUAUCUCAGCUCCCCGAUCCGACAUCAACGGCCGUGAGCAUCAUCACCCCGCCCAAAGUCACGAAGAAGGUGUUGGAAGAAGCAAAGGGGCUGGGAGUGAAGAGUGUUUGGUUGCAGCCGGGCACUUUUGAUGAUGAGGUGAUAGCGUAUGCGAGGAAGGAGUUUGAGAAUGCCGUGGGGGGAGACGGUGGCGGUGGUGGGGAAGGCUGGUGUGUGCUUGUUGAUGGGGGAAAAGCGUUGGAUGGACGGGAGAAGCUGUAA